GAAGCGGCGAGGCGGGAAGUGUUGCGCAGGCGUGUUUGGCAGACUUGGAGGCGGCGACCCAAGCAUCUGGGAAGCCCCAGAAGCCGUAUUCCUUUAAACCUAUUCUGAUUUUCACAGCUGCUUUGGUCCCCCUAUGGACAUGACCCUGUAGCUGGCAUUUUGCACCCCACUUGCUUUGUGAUGGAGCCUGCUUUGGGGAUUCGGAUGGAUGAGCCAAUGACUUUUUCUCCCCUUGGUGGCCAGUUUCAGGCGGAUGGCUCAUUAAAAAAACAAGAGCAGAAUUUUAAACCACCAGGUGUUAAAAAAGAUAUUGAGAAGCUUUAUGAAGCUGUACCACAGCUUGGUAAUCUGUUUAAGAUUAAGGACAAAAUUGGAGAAGGCACUUUCAGCUCUGUUUAUUUGGCCACAGCACAGUUACAAGUUGGACCUGAAGAGAAAAUUGCUCUAAAACACUUAAUUCCAACAAGUCAUCCCAUAAGAAUUGCAGCUGAACUUCAGUGCUUGACAGUGGCUGGGGGGCAAGACAAUGUCAUGGGAGUUAAAUACUGCUUUAGGAAAAAUGAUCAUGUGGUUAUUGCUAUGCCAUAUCUGGAGCAUGAGUCCUUUUUGGACAUUUUGAAUUCUCUUUCUUUUCAAGAAGUACGGGAAUAUAUGUUUAAUCUGUUCAAAGCUUUGAAACGCAUUCAUCAGUUUGGUAUUGUUCACCGUGAUGUUAAGCCCAGCAAUUUUUUAUAUAAUAGGUGCUUGAAAAAGUAUGCCUUGGUAGACUUUGGUUUGGCCCAAGGAACCCAUGAUACUAAAAUAGAGCUUCUCAAAUUUGUCCAGUCUGAAGCUCACCAGGAAAGCUGUUCACAAAAUAAAUCCUAUGUAAUUACCGGCAACAAGAUUUCAUUGAGUGGCCCAGCAGCACCUAAAGAGCUGGAUCAGCAGUCUACCCUAAAAACUUCUGUUAAAAGGCCCUACACAAAUGCACAAAUUCAGACUAAACACGGAAAAGAUGGAAAGGAGGGAUCUGUAGGCCUUUCUGUCCAGCGCUCUGUUUUUGGAGAAAGAAAUUUCAAUAUACACAGCUCCAUUUCACAUGAGAGCCCUGCAGUGAAACUUAUGAAGCAGUCAAAGACUGUGGAUUUACUGUCUAGAAAAUUAGGAACAAAAAAGAAGACCAUUUCUACAAAAGUUAUGAAUAGUGGUGUGAUGAGGAAAACUGCCAGUUCUUGCCCAGCUAGCCUGACCUGUGACUGUUACGCAACAGAUAAAGUUUGCAGUAUUUGCCUUUCAAGGCGGCAACAGGUUGCACCUAGGGCAGGUACACCAGGAUUCAGAGCACCAGAGGUCUUGACGAAGUGCCCCAAUCAAACUACAGCAAUUGACAUGUGGUCUGCAGGCGUCAUAUUCCUUUCUUUGCUUAGUGGAAGAUAUCCAUUUUAUAAAGCAAGUGAUGAUUUAACUGCUUUGGCUCAAAUUAUGACAAUUCGUGGAUCCAGGGAAACUAUCCAGGCUGCUAAAACUUUUGGCAAGUCAAUAUUGUGUAGCAAAGAAGUUCCAGCACAAGACUUGAGAAAACUUUGUGAGAAGCUUAGAGGUGUAAAUUCUCACACUCCUAAAUUAACAGGUGAUAUACAGGAGUGCAGUUCUCAUGACCCAGCUUUUUCAGAGAAGACAGAAAACCAUAAAAUUGUUCACUGCAUACAGACACCUCAAGCGCAGCCCUCAGGGAGUUCAUCAUAUGAAGGUGGCAGCAGUGGCCGUGGGGGCAAUUUUGAGGCGUCUGCUACCAGUCUAGAAGGCUGGGAUGAGGUGCCUGAUGAAGCCUAUGACCUGCUUGAUAAACUCCUAGAUCUGAAUCCAGCUUCAAGAAUAACAGCAGCAGAAGCUUUGUUGCAUCCAUUUUUUAAAGAUAUGAGUUUAUGAUUAUUCUUUAAUGUUUAUUAUUAUGUAUUGUGAGGUAAAGUAAAAAAGAGUUACUUGUAAUAGCCAUAAAUUCUUGAUUAGAGACCAGGUCAGGGUGAAUAAUUUAUUUAAUAUUUGCUCUCCUAGGAGAUUCUAAAAUACAGAUUAAGAUGACUUAAGUUCCCUAGGAUAGUUCUUGGACUGACAAAAUGAUCUUUUUAGAUCUACCCAGGAAGAAUCAGAUCUUUCAUUUACCUAAUUGUUUGUCACUGCCAUCUGCAGAAAUAGGAACAGUUUUAGCCUGGUACAUAGGAAGGUAUGAGUCUUGAAAUUGAGGGUUGUGACAGGGAUUAAAGACUUCAGUGAGUCAAAAA